AUGGUGGAUGGUGAAUGGAAGGAAUUCAAGCCUUCAUACCCGAUUGAAGUAGACGUGUUGGCUUUUGACAACGACCUCAGCCUACAAGAUCGAGGCUUCAUCAAAAGCGAAUUUCAAGCGAAAGUAAAAUUAUUUAAUUUCUCAUUACGACGCGGUUGA